UGUGCUCACACAGAGAGGGGAGGUGGUGGAGAAAAGACAGUGGAGUGGAGUGUAUGUAGGCAUGCAAGUGAGAAUCAAGGGAAGGAGUGACAGGCAAGAGGGAAAGAGAAUCCAGGUGCUUCUACUCAUCUUACCACUGACACACUCCUCACUAACACACACACAGACACACACACACACACACUGAAGGAACUACACCCACAACCUCCACUAACGCAGUGAACUGAACCACAUGUGUGCGUGGUGUGCUCGGAGCGACAGAGGGGAUCUCUGAGGAUACACGGAUGAGAAAGAGGUGUGGGGGAGCCAAGGAAGAGGAGCCCGACUGUGUUUCGCCCCAGGGGGAGCUCAUACACGCCGCAGACAGCACACACACUCCAGCGGGCACCCAGCACUGUUUCCCUGACAACUAGAAUGGGCUGCAAUUUGUGCACCUUGCAGAAACGGGAGGAACACUACAAACUGCUGUAUGAGAUUGCACAGGUGAACGGGCGCGACUUCUCCAAGGUCGAACAUGACGAGGCAGUGGUGGAGGCCAUCAGGCGAGACCCCAUCGUUGUCCAGGUUCUCCGGCGAACCCCCACCAGAGCCACGCAGGCUGUUGCACAUAACCACGGUGGCACGCCGCAGGAUGUGUGCGUUGUCGACGUUUGCACGCAAACAGACAUCACCUUUGAGCACAUCAUGGCACUGGCCAAGCUUCGGCCUGCUACCCCACCCGUCCCUGACAUCUGUCCCUUCCUUUUGUCUGACAGCUGUCAUUCCAUCCACACCAUGGAGCAUGAGUUUUAUGAAUGUCCAGAGUACCUGUCCAACACCCCAGCAGAGGUGGAGAGGACUGAAGAGUAUGAGUAUGAGGAGGUGGAGCUGUGCAGACAGAACAGCCAGGAGAAGCUCGGCCUGACGCUGUGCUACAGGACCGACGAUGAGGAGGACACCGGCAUCUAUGUCAGCCAGGUGGAGCCGAACAGUAUAGCAGCGAGAGAUGGCCGCAUCAAGGAAGGAGAUCGUAUUCUACAGAUAAAUGGAUGUGAGGUGCAAGACAGAGAGAAAGCUGUUGCCUUGUUGUCAAGUGAAGAAGCAAGGAGCAUCAUACUACUGGUGACAAGACCAGAAAUCCAGCUGGAGGAGGAGGUAUGGCUGGAUGACGAGCAACAGGAGCUUGUGGAGGAGCUGAAGAUGGAGAUCCUGGAGGAGAGGAGGAAGCAGAAAGAACGUAACUUUGACAGGGGAGAUGAGAAUCAAGCUGAAGAUGAGAUCACAACCGACACGGCUACCUGCUCCUCCAAUAAUCAAGACAGCGGGUUUGGACGCAGUACAGACAGUCCGGAGCACCAACCCCUGCUGGCCAGACUUCACAGGAGGAGCCCGGCCCAUUGCCUGAGGGAGCGAUGGCGGGCAGAGCAUCCGCACACAAGACGAGGGACUGCAGUGCCACAGGACACUCAGAGUCCGAGGACAGGGUCCAAAGGCCAAGGUCAUGAGGGGGUAGUCAGUAUUCGCAAUAGUGGAGGUGGGGUCCUCGGUUUAGAGAAUCGCUUCCAGCAACUUCUGGAGCUCAAGUGUCAAAUCCGGAAUGGAGGCGAGUGCGGGGUGUACUCCAUCCGACACAGUAUAGAGUGUAGCCUCACUGAGCAGGGAGGAGGGGAUGAAGAUUGUGUGGAAAGUGUGGGAGAAGGGGGAGGGGUGGAGCAGGAGUUGAGGAUGCUAAAUGAGGAACUGCGCAGCAUUGAGCUGGAGUGUCAGAGCAUCAUGCAGGCGCACCAGCUCCGCCAGAGCCACCAGCUGGACCCCUCACAGCCCGCACCCUGCUCACCAGGACGGAGCCCCAAAGACGGACGCAAGCGGCACGGCAGGCUGGCCGACAUCCACGAACACCCGGAGAGGUCGGACAGCGAUAAGAUCAGAGAGAAGGACAGCUCCAGUGCCUACAACACAGCGGACAGCGCGCGGUCAACACCGCUGGGUAUGGAGAGAUCUCCUGACCACUCUCUGCAGAGACAUAUCAGCAUCACCAACCAGAAAAACCUCAGACUGGCGUCUUCCACACCCUCCAGCCCCAUCCCUAUCCCCAAGCCCCAGGGUACACCCAGUCGUAGCAGACCAGCAGACCCAGGCCCCGUUAUCUCCAGCAGCCCAGACCAGAGCAACCCUUCCAGGUCUGAGUCAGACCCCGCCCUGCCCGCAGACGAUGAGAGGUGUGAGAAGAAAGGGAGGACAAGAGAGUCCAGGAGAGGGCUUCCCUAUGGGUGUUCAUAUCAAACAACCCCCUAUCAAGGCCAAGGAGGAUCAAGGCAACUGCAGAGCUACAUGCAGCUGCUACAACAGCACUCAUCCCUGGAGUAUUCCCAGAGCCAGCUGAGCCUGCUCAGCGUCUGUCGAGAUCCUGUGAGCCGAAACGGACGCCCUGGGGAACCCCGUCUAGAGUGGAAAGUCAAAGUCCGCGCUGACGGCACGCGGUACGUGGCCCGAAGGCCUGCUCGUGACCGCAUCCUGAGGGAGAGGGCGCUGAGGAUCCGAGAGGAGAGGAGCGGAGGCAUGACCACAGACGAUGAUGCCAUGAGUGAGAUGAAGAUGGGCCGCUAUUGGAGCAAAGAGGAGAGGAAGCAGCAUUUGGCGCGAGCCAGGGAGCAGAGGAAGAGGAGGGAGUUCAUGCAAAAGAGCCGCCUCGAGUGUUUAAAGGAGGGACCAGCCAGCGGAGCCGAGGGCAGGAAGGAGAUCAAUAUCUUAGAGCUGAGUCACAAAAAGAUGAUGAAGAAACGCAACAAAAAGAUCCUUGACAACUGGAUGACCAUCCAGGAGUUGAUGAGCCAUGGGGCCAGAGUCCCAGAGGGGUCUAAAGUACACAACGCCUUCCUGUCUGUCACAACUGUCUAACGGACGGAUACAGUACUGCUUAUGAAGUACUGUACACUUUAAUAUCAGGUAGCCUGCAGUUCAGGAACUACUGCUUUGUUUGGAAAAAAAGAAAACGUCACUGCUGAGGACUUCUGUAGCAUUCCCGAAGCAACUUUGCAUCUACCACCAUAAGAAUGUCUGAACAGUUCUGCAGUGCUAUCAUGACAAGACGCCAGCCACUCAAAACUUUGAACUGUUCUGUUUUUACACUGACUUUUUUGAUGCACUGGCUUCCGAUAGCACAUGAGUUUGGUAGCACGUUGGUUCAAACAGAUUCACACAUGAAAGGAACCAACACAUUCAUGUAUACUAUGUAUUGUGUCUUCAUACUCUCCGUUCUUCUGUUUCAUUGCAUAUGAAGCGACAUCACUUGCCUCGUUCAAGGUGGCGUUUUUUUAUAAUGGGGGAAAAUACAAUAUUUUUCACACUUUGUAAACUCAGUAACUUUUUGUAAGGAAUUUUUUACACUGAAUGUCAUUGUACUGUAAACAUUUUAUUGUUAUUUAUGUUUGUAUCUCCAAACCAUCAAGGUCAGAGUUGACGCUAUUUGAUUGUACUGUAGCUCGCAUUGUUCGCCAGUCCAACACGGACAGAAAUGAAAAACUUUGUGAACUCUGUGAAGAACUCCCCGUCUUAAAACACUUGUUUCAUUGUGUUGAUAAUGUCACAUGGGUUAGAGUUGUCUGAAAAAAAAAAUUAUAGCACUCAAUUUAAAGCACUCAAAGGCUUGUAUUAGUCAUGGGCUUGGAGGACUUUAUCAAACGGAUUUACCUCAACUUGCAGUCAAAAGUCUGAUGUAUCAAGUGUUUUUGAAUACAUGGGUAACUGAAUCAAUGACUUAGGGAACUCUUGAGUCAACCUUCAGCCCUUACUAUGUAUGUGAAUUAUGUUUAAAAAUGUUAAAUAUAUUCAUAUUUAUAUUGUUUACUGUUAAUUCUAUUUAUUGUAAAUUAAUUUUUAUGCUCCAUCUGAUAAAUGUUUCGCAUUAAGUGGCUAGCCUUGAAAGGCCAACACCCUUCUCAAGGCGCUGUCAAGAAAAUGUAUCAUAUUGCAGCCUUUCAACCCAAACCUGCUGCUUUUCACUGUAAAGCUCAUUGAAGAGGCCUUGACUUCAGUAUUUGUUGAUGGUGAAAUUUGUAAUAAAAAAUUAAAAAAUAAAAAGAA